AUGCAAUGCUUGGUAACUUUUCGGCGCCUUCAUCCGGCCUGGAUUAUUAUUCGUGGUCUGACAGAGAAUUGCCUCAUUCAUCAAACAAACAAGUCGACCAGUACAUCCAGUACACAAUCCGAAGAUCCAUCAGAUACUGACAGCAUCUCUAAACCCCUUGAGGAGUUGUUGACCUCCAAAGCUCCACAAAAUCCUACUUUGAAAGACACACUGGUCGCCCUACUAUCCCCAUCACUGAAGGGUACGAGGCCCGAGCAGGAGACGCGUUCGCGUAGAACAACCAAUCCGGCUUAUAACCCGCGACCGAUACAGACGAGCAAUAUGCAUAUUGGCCUUCUGGAUUUGGUCACACCCAGUCGCUAUGCCCUGUUUCAACGAAUCACCACACUAGCUCAAUGUGUUUUACUUCACCUGUCCAACGACUAUCAGCCCGCCUCGGCCGUACGAGGUCUGUUCAGUUGGUUACAUUCCUAUCAGGAUCUGUACACGGCACCGUGCGUGCGAUGUAAUCAACUACUCGGACAGGAUGUGAGUUUACCCUUGUGGCGGAGCUAUUCACACCCUCGUAAAUCAGACCAGAGCUCAAUCGAGCCUCAGCACGAAUAUUGUCAAGCGGUCUCCUAA